AGCAGCUGGAAGAACGGGCAUUUAAAUUUGCUACAGGCUGGAGUCAGCGAAUACUGUAUUUGUAGACCAUUGUGAUUUCCUUGAAUUUGAAGAAAAUAAAUCUUCAUUAUGCACCCGAGCUUCAGGAAGAAGCAUGUUAUCAUACUUCAGUGCCGUUUUUGUGAAUCUUACGUGUGUAGAAGAGGAAUGAAGGCUGUUUUGUUGGCUGACACGGCUGUAGAAUUGUACUCAACGGACGCACCAAUACCUGGCAAAGUCAGCAGUGUCGGUAAAAGUUAUUCAACCAAAAAGUGCACCUGCAAAAUAUGUGAUGUUGCCUGUACGAGUUGUGGUAAUGUUUUAGGGUACCACGUCAUGUUGCCUUGUGCGUCCUGCCUUCAGUCGUGCAACAACGGACACCUGUGGAUCUUCAACAGCAACACAGUGUGGGCAGAGAGCAGGCUAAACCGGACAGCCACAGAGAUGCUGAAAUGGGACAGCCUGCCCGAUGCUGCGUCGGAGCAAGACUCGGAACACGACGAGUGGGACAACUACUUCCAAGAGAUGGAGUGCUGUCGAUGACGAAAGAUAUCAAGUUCCAUUCUCUUUUUUGUCUCCUGCUAACUUUGAUAGGUUCUGGAAGAAAGUAAUGAUUGCUAUACAGGCUCAGACGAUGUUCGUUCUAAAUAAAACGUCCUUUACUGAGCCCGGAAUAUAUUGUGGUUAUUGUAAAGAUUGCCGAAAGUCCUCAAUGUUUUAUAUGUAGAUUUGGUUAAGCUAAUCCCUUCUCUGUCAAUUGCGUGAGGGGUUCUCGUGCACAAGGCUUGCAAACAACCCCAAUAAUAAAUCUGUUAUACGAGGUCACUGUUACUGGUGUAUGUUUUCUUUUUAGUUGUCAGGAGAGCUCUGUAUGGACAUGUACUCGAAUUUCUAGGGGAUUAACAUGAUUUACUUAGCAAGAAAAUUAAUUUUUUUUUUUUAAAAAGCAACUCAGUUUUAUGAAGGAAAAGUCAAAUCAGAGAAUCAACUUUUAAAGGCCGUUUGCCAUUGUUUUUCGGCAGAUUUUGUAAUGAUUGUGAAAAUUUUGCAUUGAAUUUGUUUCCUCCACUUACCGUGUGUUAAAAAGUUUCACGUCUUAGUUGUAAUUUUUUUACAAUUUUCUUAAGCCUAAAUUAAGAAUCUUAUGCUUCAUAUUACUCACUUGUCCACGAUUAUUGAGCAGGGUCUUUCUGACACAUUUCUUUUUGUACUGAGCCAAACUAAAGUAGCCAUUUUGUAGCUUUUUUCAAAAUCAGAUCAUCCUCUUCACAGGUUAUCAUUUUCUUAAGCUCUGUAAAUAGGCUUUUUUUUAAAAUAAAAUGGAACAGUGGUACAUGUACACAGAUUGAGGGAAACUUAAGCAAUGGCAGAUCCAAAAAUACCUAUACCAGAAACCCAAAUAUGAAAUUUAUGUUUGCAUUUGUUCUGUUACUCUUAGGUUGCUUGGUUAAAGCCUGGCUUCUACAUGGUCAUUUGUAACGCAGAUGGUCCGCAAGAUGUGAAGAUGCAGACAUUUGUGGAAGAAGCGCUGCACAAUGUCAUUCCACCAAAAAAAUUUAAACAAAAUGGUGUCUGAAAUUGGGAAAAUUUUAAAAAAUGCCCUUUUCUGACGGCAAUGUUACGUCUUGAAGCCAAACUGAUUAAACUGAUCCAGUUAGAUGUAAUUUGUUAAUGGUUAGUUAUUUUGACGACGAUUGGGGCUGCCCAUGUUAGCAAUAAGGAUAAAAUGAGUGGUACUAAGCAAGAGAAACAUCGUACGCCUGUCAUGCCAGCGUGCGUGUUGUAUAAGCCCACUCAGCAACUCGACGCAGACAGUCAGCAAAGUUGAACCUUGCUCAACUUUACCGAUCGUUCACGGGCAAGUUUGCGUUGUGAGCGACACCCCCGUUUGACAUGUUUCCAUAUAUCUGCGUUUCAGUUUGCAUCUUGAUUGCAUUGCUCUCUGCGUUUCUUACGUCGACAUGUAAACCAGGCUUAAUACUUGCAGUGAAAUCUGUCGCUUUGUAAUUAAAAAGCAUAAUACAUGUAUCUCUGUUUGGGGUCAGGCGUAAAUCCUGGAGCAUGGCUUACCAUAAAAUAGAGGAUACUAGUCUUGUAGGAACUAACAAAUUUGUGGACAAAAAAAGAUGUGGAAAAAGUGUAACAUUUACAUGUACAAAGAAGAGAACCAUUUCUGGGGAAAAGAGGUAAUUUUGCUACCCUUUUGCUUGCUAGUAAAGUCCCAGAGUGCAAAAAUUAUUUAAAACAGGACAUGGGCAAGUGCACAGUGUAAUAUAGUUGAAGAUGCACUGAUUCAUAUUUUAAUCCCACUUCUGCACUUUUUUAAGGAGUAACUUAUUAGUUUGUUUUUUUUUAAUGUAAAUGAGGUACACAGAGAGUGAGUGGUACAGCGUUCAAAAAAAAUAUAUGUAUAGGAUUCAUGUAAAGUGGAAAAUUUACGAAUUGGUUCUGCUCUAAUAUGAGGAGAUGCCGUUACUGCGGCAGUGCCGUGGUACCAACCUCCUUUAUGCAUUCUCAAACUUGUGGGUCAUAUUCAGGUAAAAACAGGUCACAUCACCCUGUUGGCCCAAAACGCACAAAGCACUUGUGUGACACCUGCUUGGAACUGCCGGAGUAGUCGAUGAAAGAGGGGGAAUUGAUUCAGAGAUUGGUCCUCGGGUAACAUAACUCCAAUAUUGUCUUGUCACUUUACAAAGACACGUGACCACCAGUUCCUUACUUCUAGUGGCUCAGUUUGCAAGCCGUUAAAAGAAUGUUUUGAUACUUGUGCAAUAUCACUGUAUUUCUAUUUUUUGGCACAAAUUAAAAGGGACAGAAACCAACUUGACGAACAAUAAGGAAAUUUAACUAAUACGAAGGUUUAAAGGGCCAUUCACUCGAACGAUUUUGUAAAAACAGCAUAGCUUGUUAGUCAUUGCUGUAAAAAGUUUAAUCUACAGUUAAGUGUAAAUGACUGCCUAAAAUAGCUUGUAUGACAAAUGUUUGCCUCUUAGGCAAAUUUUGAUGUUGCAUAAAAUGGCUUCGUGAACUUGCACAG